CACAGAGCAAGAACUGAGCAGCAGAAACACAAAGCACAACGUGCCAGGAAGCCGACAGCAUCGCAGAUCUGUGCCUUCAUCAUCCAUCAAUGCUGUCGACAAGCCGCGACGCACCUGUAUCUGUCGUGAGGACGCCUGCCGCCUCUCCGCCAUCGGCACCCUCGUCAUGCCUACCACAACGAACAGCAAGGCUGCACUCACGCCGUUGUCAGAGAUCUUCCCUUUGGCGGCAUCAACCAUCUCGCAUUGUCGCGGCAGCUGCUGUGGUGCUCUCGUCUUGGUGUAUGGCCGCCGUCUGCAGUGCUGCAUCCACAGCCGGCACGCUGACGGCAGGGAGGAGGGUGGAGCUGACCCCCCAGUCGCCCUUUUUUCAUCAGUUCUGCGAGGCCCUCAAGGCGGGUGCGCUGCGGCAGGUCAACGCGGGGUCGGAUUUCGUCCGCAACCUGGGCAGGAGGGCAGCGCGUGAGGGGUCUCAGCAGCGGCUUCGCUCGAUGCUCAAGUCGGUGCCGGCCUACACGGUGGUCAACGAGCUGGACGAGAUGAUCAUGUCCUACCCGCCCUCCUCGCACGGCGCCCCGGUGGGGCUGUUCUUCCUCAACAAACGGGACGCAAACCUCUUCCUCGAAGACGUACAGGUGAGGAGGGAGCACCAGCUCGGCAGAUUUUUGAGAUCUCUCUCCUCGGCUGCAUGCAUUGAUUAUCAUGUCGAUGUGGCGAUGUGUGUUCAGACAAAGGAUCCCGAAACGAGUCGCGAGGUCGGCCUGUCGCUGCGCACCUCCUCCCUCGCCCACUACUACGCCCUCUCGCGGCAGCGUGCAAGGUCAGCGGCGCAUUUCUACCUGGUCCCCGACCUGCAGGAGGUGCAGAAGGCCGUCAGCCAGUCGCCCAGCGGCCGGUUCGAGGGCACCCCCAUCUACUACCUUGACCUCGUCCCUGCGAGGGACCCAGACGACCGCCGGCAGCGGUGCCUCUACAUGCUCACGCUGCCCAAGUCGAAGGGGGGCGGCGGCAAGGACAGUGGCUCCAACAGGCCGGUGUUCUUCACCAAUAGGGAUGCUCUCAACACCUGGCGGACAUUUAGGCGGCGGCACGCUUCGCUGGGGCUGCCGAGAAGGCCCAAGGUGCGUGUGGCGUCUCUCGAGCGGAUGUUGCGCGACCUGGAGGAGCGGCGUGCGAGCGAGGUGGGCGACUGGCUGUUUGUGCCGGCGUAUGAGGCCUACAGGGACGUGCAGCUGAACCCGCCGAGGAGCAGCGGGGGGAUGAGCGGUGCCAAGAGGUGGCUGCAGAAGUUCCGGAGAGACCUGAAGGCCAUCGUGGGUCAAGGGCCGCCCAUUGGCAACCAGGUGCCGUUCAGAUGAGACCACUGUGGGGGUGGGGCUGAGCAUGUGAUAUGGUGUCCGGGUGCGGUGGAUGGAUGGAGAGAGAGAGUAGGUCUAUGUGUGUUGUCAGUUGUUAGUUUGUGUGCCCUUUUUGGUUGGUUGAGAGUGAGGUGUUUUAACGGUGCGACAAGAGGGAUUUUUGAUGGGGACUGGGUGGACUGACUGACUCACGGCUGACGUGAAACAUCACGAAAAUUACCUGUCAUCGCAUCCAGCCGCCCAAGCCGGUCGGUUUACUCACCUACUCGCCACCUCUGUCUGUCUGUCUGUCU